AUGGCAUCGGGAUGGGAAAAGUUCAAGAGUCAUACGCGACGCAUGUCCGACACGUUCAGCAGACGGUCGGUUCCCGAUGCUUCCUCACCCGGGUCGCCAUCCAAGGCAACGCCCGCGAUAGCAGAGCUUCUCAAGCCCAUAUAUCUCACCCUGAACGAAGCCGAGCUCGUCCACGACACAGAGGAGUGGCGAUAUGUCGAUGAGCGCGACAACGUCGGGGUCUUUGGCCGGGUCAAGGAGCUCGAAAGAGAAAAUCGGCAGCUGAGACUGAAGAUCGAUGUGCUCUUGGACCUUUUGACCAUAUCCAAGCUCGAUAAUGUCGCGCUGCACAUGGAGCGGGGGGAUUAGCUGAGUGGCCGUGCGGUCCUGUUUCCCUCCCCAUUCUUUGUUUGCGACUCGGUAUAGUGCGUUCCAGUCGCUCCAUCAUCACCAGCAACACCGGUAGACA